AUGUGGCAGCCAAAGCUUCGCCCCAAGGGCUUUCCGCACAGCAUCGAUGAUAUCGCGGUAGCUGCGCUAUCGGAACUAGAACACCGGUCCCGGACUGGAGACGACAAGCGAGACCAGCGCGUCUUUCGGGUCAAGCGCAAGCAUGUCCUCAAGGCAUGUGAUCGCUGUCGCGUGAAAAAGACCAAGUGUGAUGGGAAGCAACCCUGCAAUCGCUGCUCGGUCUACAAUCACCCAUGUCUAUUCCGCGAAAGAAAGGCCGCACAAACCAAACCUGCCUCGACAAGAUUUGUCGAAAUGCUCGAGUCCCACCAUUCACUGGUGGUCAAGGCCCUCCAGAAACUAUAUAAAUUCUGCAUCAACAACGAGGGUUUCCCCGGCGAGCCACUAGCCGAAGCCCCAGACGGCUAUCCGCUGACCCACGCAAUCCUCGACCGACUCGGGCUGAUCAAACAAGCCGAGGAGAACGCAGACGAGCCAGACGAGGACUCGGAGGAUCUGCGUUAUCUGCGGCUGUUGUCGACAUCCACCGAGUGCAGCGCCACGGCAGAACCGUCGCCGGAGCCCGCAACUCCUCCCGAACCCUCGUCGGCCGUGCUCUCCCGCUCCUCGAUCUCCAACCCGAUCCCGACCCCGAUGACGGGCCGCAGCGGCCACCCGAGCUGGCAGUGGGAUCUGCAGUCCGUUCAUCAUCCGCAUCCGCAGAACUACGGGUAUGCCGAGACGGGGUACCACGAGCUGCUGCCCACGCCGCGCUCGUCUUUGGGCGCUGCUGAUCUGGCUCCCGGCGAGAUCCCUCCUCAUGUCGAAGUGCCCUCUGCACCGCUGUCCGUCCAGCACGCUGGUCCUCAUGACCCGUCCUUCCCUUAUUUCCUGGAUGGGUGCUGUGACCUAAUGGACGCGCCACCGGCUGCGAAGUCUGCGGCUGUGCGGCUGCCGUCGGGGGUUAUGCCUGAUGCACAUCAGUCCCAUCAUCUGUCGGGGAAUCUGUCUGGUGACAUGCUGAGUGACUUUCAGUUCUCUAUGCAGGAAACCCCGUUCUAUCCUGGGUUUACGCCGGGCUGGACCUUUCCUUCGGGAUAG